AUGAUUCCCUAUUUGUGUGCCACAGAGGAGGAUGUGUGUAGUGAGGAUUCCUUUGUGUCGUGUUGCAGUGAGUUCCCCCCACAGCCUGCCAUAUCCGGAGAUUACCCCCAGUUGAUGCCUUGGGGAAACAACGUCGAAAAACGCAUAAAAUUUCAGUGUUGUGGAGAUUUUAUUUCUGCUGGAUUUCACAUUUAUUUGCCCCUGUCAUUCCGCCGAGUGGAGAAUAUGACUGAAUUUAGAGUGCAAUUCAUGUCCAAUAGUGUCGUCUUUACUAACAUUCAGCUGAUUGAUGAACUAACGAAUAUGUUGAUGAGUUGGCGGAAUUGUCUUGAUAAGGCAAAUGGAGUUGUUUAUCGAUGUAAUGGAAUUCUUUCUACUUUAUUUGAACUGAGUUUUGUUGGGGAAAUUGUGUUUUUGAAUGGUGGGGAAGACAUUUGUGUUCAUUUUCCUGGUUUUAAUGGGUUUUUUAAGCAUCGGUUAAUACUUUUGAUUGAUUGUGAGGGAGGGGUUGGGGGGUGUUAUAUUGGGGGGAGUACAACAUCGGGAGAAGAUUUUGAGGCAUUUGAGGUUCUUUCUGAGGUUGUGGUUGAUUGUGAUGUAGACGGGAAGAAGAAAGGCAGCGAGAAAGAACACACAAAACGAACUCAUAAAAAGAGUUCUCACAAAACAGAGUCACAUUCCAAAACCCACGGACAUUCAAGUCGGUCGAAGGCUGAAAGUUCGUCGAAAAAAAAUGAUUCGAAUAAAGCAAAGUCGGGAGAAAAGAAAAUCCCCGAGGAAACUAAAAAAACGCAAUUUAAAGAUAAAAAUGAACAAUCUUUGUUGGAAUCUUCAACAGUCCACAGAAGACAUGCAGCCUCCCCAAUUUCAGCAGCUGUGAAGGGAAAACAAGAAACGUCUCCAAAAACAGUCGAAAUUAGUCAAGUAAAAUCUCAAGUCCCCAAAAAAGUGGAAUCGUCUAAAAAAUCGAAGAAUGAAUCGAGCCAUUCUCAUCGAUCGAAAGAAAAAUCUUCAAAACUCAAAACCAAUUCAGUUUCUACAAAAAACCUGACUAUAAGUGUCAAAAAAACCGAAACUCCUAAAAAACCAGUUUUGUGUUCUCAAAAAAGGAACUCAAGGUGGGACACGACCCACAAAACAGAGAACCUCCCCAAAAUAAAAGUCGAGUCGACGAAUCCCAAUUCCUUGGCGAAUUUGGUACUCCAAAGUAAGCUAGUUGAGGCUCCAAAAGAAGAAUCCAAAUUAUCGAGUGUAAAAAUAUCCGUUCCUGCUUCGAAAUUGUUUUGUGAGUCUGAGAAUGCCACAACUCCUUCGGUGAUGGUUAUUUCAGAAUCAAAAACAUGUUUAUCAGAAUUGGAUUCAUCACAAAAAAUGGAUAAAAACACGAAAUUUUCUGUCAAUUUAAAAUCCAAGGAGUCCCCAGUUGAUAGCGAAACUGUCGUGAUCAACACGAAUACAAGCUCCACUCACAUUUUGGAACAGAAGAACAAUUUAAUGAAAAGUGCAACUUUGUCUGUCACCGUAAAAUCGUCAGAAAUGAAAGAACCAGAAAAUGAGGCAGAACCACAAAUAUUUUAUUCCCCUGGCAUACCAGACAUUCCAAAAGAAUCUGUUCUUAUUAAAAUUCCCAAUUUAAAUGAAAAGAUCACGGAACCAACUAUUGCUGUGGAAAGUACAGCUAAAAACGUGACUGAAAUUGAAUCCUCACAGAAAAUUCCCGAGAAAGUUCAUAUAAAGCCAUUUACAGUGGCCAAUUCUGUUUCGAAAAAAGUUGAGAAAGAUCUCCAAUUGUCGGAGAGAUCUUUGCCUGAAAGUCCCAAGACCAACGUGGAGGAAAAGAAAAAAAGCUCAUCAAAGAAAAAAUAUAAAACUCAACUGGAUAAUGACAAUGAGGAAGUGUAUGUGACUCACAAAAGUUGUUCUCCUGGGCAGUGGAUCUGUCUCAUUUCUCAAGGAACAGCGGAAAUUGGUCGAUUCAGAGCCACUGGUGGACAUUGUGGUCUCCACGCCUGGAAGGUGAUUGAUGAAGCUGAUAGAAUGUUGAGAGACGACAAACAAAGGUGGAUAAAAUCAGUCACUAAAUUGGAAAAUUGUCAAAAAUUGCUGUUUUCUGCCACAUUGACACACGAGCCUGAUUUAAUGCUGGAAAUUGGUUUAAAAAACCCCAAAUUGUUCUCCUCUGCCGAUGAGAGGCGGAUAUUUGUUAAGCCAUCUCUUCUAAAGGAGUAUUAUAUUGUGGUUGAUGAGAAUAUUCGUCCACUUGCUGUUGUCCAUAUGCUUACUCGACAAAUAUAA